UCAAUCGGCUCACAGAUAGCGGCGCUCCUUUCAGCGCGUACAGCUGAGGCUCUGUGUGUGGGAGGGACUAACAGAGAGCUCCCCUCAGUGCAGCCUGCCGCCACAGCAUCGAGCAGGGAGAGAAUAGCCUAUAUUCAAAGCAUAUUCACUGAUAAGGCUUUUUAUCUGUCCCCGUUGUGCGCCCUCAGCCGCCGUAGCGUCUAUGAAGAGAAGAGGGCGGAAGGGAUGCUGAAGUAGCGCGGGAUGCUGUGGAGUGACACCGUCGUGGGAGGAAGGCUCAGUGUGAACCCGCUGGUGGUGAAACACGAAUGGCUUCUCCAGAGCUGCUUCCCACUGAAGGGGGAGGCAAACAGCCCGAACAUCCCGACGUCCUUGACCGGGUUUCCAGCGCGCUGCAUAUCCGCAAGUCGGGCGGAUCAACAGGAGGAGCGCUCCCGGGGGAGGGCUGCUGUAACCCGGCCCGCAGCUGCCAUGACCGAUGUCAUUCAGCACCAAGGACGGCGCCGCGCAGGGGAGGCGCGGAGGUUAAACUCGCUCACCUCGGCGAGGAGAAAGUCCGGGUUUGCUGCGACGAGGAAUUAGAGACAUCUUUCACCUACAUCGAUGAGAAUGUUAACCUGCGACUGGCCAGCCCGGAGACAAGUUGUAAAAGUACUCACAGACCCACGCGCAACGGCGAGCCUUGCUCCGAGACUUUCCCGGAGCUUUCCUUCAUGUCCGAGGACGAUCUCUCCUUCGGGGAGGGCUCCGGGACCUCUAUAGACUACGGGUUUAUCAGUGCAGUCACGUUCUUAGUGACCGGGAUCUCCUUGGUGAUCAUCUCCUACGCCGUGCCUCGAGAUGUGGUGGUGGACCGUGACAGCGUGUCGGCGAGGGAGAUGGAGAGGCUGGAGAUGGAGAGCGCCCGGAUAGGUGCCCACCUGGAUCGGUGCGUCAUAGCGGGGCUGUGUCUGCUGACGCUGGGCGGCGUGGUGCUCUCCACCCUGCUGAUGAUCUCCAUGUGGAAGGGGGAGAUGUACAGGAGAAAGGUCAUCGCUUAUUCCAAGCGUUCAGCCAAACAGUAUGGCUCUAUCAGCCUGAAAACUAGAUCCAGUCCCAGCCACUCCUCUGCACACUUGUCCCUGGAGGAGGAAAUAGAGGAAACUUUGACUUAAAAUGCUGCUUUGCAUAAUAAAUCUUUUAACUGAGGAAUUGAUGCUGUUCACACACAUUCUCUAACAUGCUGUAGCCUAAAACUGUAUUCAUAAAUUGAAGUCUGCAACAUUUUUGUCUUAUACUCUAGUAAUAGCUUGAAUACUGUAUUGUAUAUCCACAUGACAAACAGAAAGGACACGAAAAGCACUCAAAUGCUAAGUGAGCAAUAGCCAGAAAAAUCUUUUGGUGGUAUUAAAUUGUUCCCAAAUGAUUUAAAAUGGCACCAAACCAUAAAAGAAACUGGCGAGAAUGUUAAGAGCUUUGUGUCACAAACACUGGAUCACAUUUUUUCGUACCCAAGCUGCAAUCUCUGAGAGCUUUCAUUUAUUAUUAAGGCUAUUCAUAUUUAAUGCGAAUGUCUCCAACAGCGAAACUGUGCACAGACACAUUUCAGGAAGUAAGGGAAGUGUAUGCCCCAGGGGCAGGAGAGUGGGAGUAGGGAGGGAUGUAAAGCUGUCCCUGUCCACUGUGAUGUGGGAGAAUCAGCUCAGUGGUCCACAUGGUAAUAUCCAGUGACAGUCCCUCUCUGGUGCAGUGCUGAGGUAAGCCAGUAAGCCUGGCUUCAUGCAUCUGAGCCAAAGCUCCACGUCGGUUUGAUUGUAGUGAGCAAUUUGACUGCAGUCGACAGCACUGACACCGUACACCCUCCUCUACUCUCGCUUGAUCCUCUCUGGUCCUCUUCUCCUCCUUCCUCCCUCACCUUCUAGUUCCCUCUGCCACAGGAGACUUUCUUUUCUCCUGCAGUUUUUGCAGCGCUCUUUUCAACACUGUAAAUUCACACUAGAAGCGUGUGGUAAAGGGUCCUGGACGACCACAGCCAAGUGCCUGUGACAUUUCAAGGUUGAUGAGCCUUUCCUUACCUGUCUCCUUUCAUUUUCUCUUUCUCUCUACGUGAGGAUGGACUUAAAAACACCUAAUCACACAUGAAAGAGUUGCCCUACUUCCAAAACCUUAAGCCUUCACUACUUCAAAGAGCUAAUUACAUUUCCAAAGUGAGAUAUCAUUCUUUUUAAAAGGUUAUAUUUGAUGUAAUCACAGUAAUUCGCUGACUAAAAUAUGGCAGAUGACACAAAAGGCUUAGGGAAAGAGGUUUAUCGUGUGCAGACUUGCUAAAAAUGUUAAUGCCCCAGUGUCCAGGCAAGUCAGAGACGAACUUUCUUUUUUGGAAGAUUUUAGUUUCUGCCUUAGCUAGAGUCCAUGUGAAAGCAACCAUCUCUUUCUCAUUGACAGUUGUUAAUGCUGUAUGAAGAGGCCUGCAGAAAAGAAUAAAGAAUUCCAUGCAAUUCUCUUGAAACAGUCAUUUUUCAAGUAGGUAUGUAACUACUCAUAAAUCAUGCAUGAAGCACUAAAAUUCAUUCACAUUUGCAUAUAUUCAUAUACACAGCCAAAUGUUAAAUUCUGCAAUUGCUUGUGAUUCUUAUGCAGUGACAUGGCUACCUUUGUUUCUUGUCCUUUUUUCUGGACCGUGUGACCCUAUUUCAAGGCUUACAUUCAAAUCGACAUGAGUCAGCCUCUAUUAAUGAAAUGCGUAGGCUGAUUACUCUAUGAUAAACAGCUCGAGGCCACACCGUUGCUGAGCUUUCAUUCAGUUGCAUACUGUCACAUCAUAUACAUGUAUUCUAAGUGCCAGUCAGUGCACAGGCAGAUGAAGUAGUGUGUUUCAAGUGAAAAGACCUGACAGGAGUGUGUGCAUCCCCGAAAAACAGCCAUUACUUCUUGAAAUGGUAAUAAAAUGCCAAAUGAAGAGAUUUCCAGGAAAGGUAGUAAAAAUUAAUGAUCCAUAUGAGGCAAUGUUGUCCUGUUCUCUUCACAGAAGCUGUAAAUCCAUGACCAGUAUUACAGAUGUUGAAAGGAUAUUUCAUUUAGCGAGCUUUCCUGGUGUGUUUGGCCACGGAAAGAAGGUGCAACGCCCAAGUCCUGGACACUCAUUUCUUACCACUUCCUGUUUAAUUUCCUCGCACCAAUAUAUUCAUGUAAAAUUAAACUUGUUCAACACUUAAAGGGCAGCCAACAACAAUGCUACUAAUGCCAAAAAUUAUGUAUGAUAAUAUUGAGCAAUUAAUUCAAACCCCAGCAAUGUAAUAGCUACAUUACACAUGCAGUAUGCAUCAGUGCUUUCCAUCCAAUGACAGAGUCAUAUUCAGAGGAGGCAUCAUCUGUGAGAAUUUCACUCUUGUAACACACAGAGGAUCAUAAAAGCCUAAGAGAAGCCAUUAUCAUUGCAGACUUCAAACAGGCUCAUCUGCAGCAUGUGAUGCACUACACCGGUUUUUAGACUUAAGUCCCUUUCAUACAGGCAUUGCAACCCUGAACUUAUCUAGACAUUACCCAGUGAAUCUGUAUGUGAGAACGUAAAUGUUCGAAUCAGCUGGACUGAAUAUUAAACAGACUACCCUGCAUGCUCCCUUGUACAAAGUCCAUGUAAUGUCCAAUUGAGCCCAUGUGUGAAUAAAGCAGGUCAUUGACUGGAGAAUUUGAGCGAGGGGAUAACAUUUCUAUCAUGUGACUGAUGCUAAACCGGAAGAAUCAGUAGCCCGCAAUUUCUGCACCGUACUUUUGGCAUCAUGUCUUGCCUCCUAUACGCUCUACCCAGGCACCACCUCUCAAGCAAACCAAAGUAUUUCCAGACAAUGUCCGGCGUUCAUAUGAGAAAAGGGCUGUAUUCUGUUUCUCCCCUCUCUCUCCCCUUCCUUCAUUAUCCCCCACCCUCUUCUUUCUGUCCUCCUCCAUGGUUGGCACUGUGCCUCACAGUCAACACCAGGCUUCCCCUCAUACAGCCAACUAAACGUGUUUGGGGGGUUUAAUCAGGGAUUUGCUUGAAGCGACAGCAUUUUACACGCCAAGCUCAAGUGUAUUUCCAGAGGUUUCAUACAUAAGCUCUUUAUCCUUGAGCAUUGCACAGCUAAAUCACCCAUAUUGAUAUUUGGUUGGCUCCUCUGUAAGUCGAUCCCUUCAGGUGAGGCCAAGGAGCAGCUGAGCUGCUGCCAUCAGCUAUUUUCCUAAAGGUGUUAUUACACUCCUCCAUCCUGUCAAUGCUAAUAUUCCGUGUGUGUGUGUGUAUGUGUGUAGGUGUGUGUGUGUAUGUGUGUAUGUGUGUAUGUGUGCAUGAGUAGUGCAUAGGUGUUGUGUGUCACCUUGGAUUAAAGACUUGCUGACCUUCA